AUGUCAUAAAAAUUCGGACCUCUUUAAUUAAAAAAAAAAAUUCAAAAAACUAAUCCAACAGAAAAAAAACCAUACAUUCAAUAAGAAACAGUUGAAAGUAAUUAAUUAUCAUAUAUACAAAAGAGUAAGAAUAAGAAAAUGAAAAAGUUAAAAAGUAAUAAUUCAAUCCAGUUGAAAUGGCUUAGUAAGGAGGAACAGGCAAGACAUAAGCAGAAAUCCAGUAUGAUUUAGUUAGGCUAAAGAGAUUAGGUGAAAANUUAAAUUAUAUUUCGUUAAGACUUAAUUUUAAUGAUUAGGUAGAGAAUUCUAUCAAAAAUUUAUUUAUAUUGUUCAGAGUUUCUGAAAGUUGA